CAGAAUGUUGGUCGUUGCACCAGCCCAAUCGAGCCAGGCACGACGCUAGCGGCCCGCUUGCAUCAUCCGUCCACGCAGGCAAGCUCUCAGCAGAGAACGGCGUGUCGUGGGUGUACACCGCAUAGCGCAAGAUGCUACACAACACCAUGAUCCAGCCCAUGCCCGAGGUACGCCACCAAGGACAGGAUGACGUAUACGCGAUGUGGCCGGAGCGCGAUCGGGCCAUCCUUGCCACUCGUGCCAACGCCGACAAGACGAUGGCCCUCGGCGCAGCCUACCUCCCGGCCCACCUCGUUGCAUGCGAGACAGAGAACGCCAUCGACGCGGUGGCUACCGACAGAGACACGAUCGAUGCGACCGACAGCGCGGGACACACCGCACUCAUGCUUGCAGCGUCGACCCAGGAAGCGGAGCGACUCUUGCAGCUCGGUGCGGCCAUCGACGUCCAAGAUCAUUUGGGACAGACGGCGCUGAUGCUGGCCGCGACCGCCAACGACGUGGAGCGCACGCAGCUGCUGCUCUCGCACCACGCGAACGUCCAUCUGCGAGACGCAGAAGGGUCGACUGUGCUGCUGCGGUGCGCCGAGGCCAGCGCCGAGAUCGUCGCGCUGCUCUUGGCCCACGGUGCGGACCCGGACGCAAUCGACCGCGACGGCGACAACACUCUGAUGCGCGCCGUGACGAGCCAGAACGUACCCGUCAUCAAAUCGCUGCUGCCGGUGACCAACGUCACUCACGCCAACCCCAAGAAUGGCAACACCCUGUUGCACGUGGCAGCGUGGACAGGCCACAGCCGUCGGUCGCGCCUCCUGGGGUCGAUCGCUGCCGUCUGCAACGUCAACGCCUGCAAUCAUGCCGGUGAGACGCCGCUCCUCUACGCGCUCAGAACAGCCAAGGACGAGCAAGACCUCUUUGAGACCAUCAACACGCUACUCGGCGCCGGCGCGUCCGUGCACACGCCGUGUCAUGCUGGUGCGUCACCGUUUCUUAUUGCGUGCCAGCGCGGGUUUGCAGCCGUGCUCUACGUCCUCGCCCAAGCGCGCGCCAACGUCAACCACAAAGAUCACACGGGACGCACGGGGCUGCACCAUGCGGUGGUGCGCGGCCAUACGCAGAGCAUUGACGUACUCGUGAUCCUCUUCGACGUCGACGUCAACUGCGCGACGCCGACUGGCGACACGCCGCUUUUGCUCGCGAGCGCUGGCGGCAACAAGCACAUGGUGCGCACGUUCCUGACCAAGCGGCGCAUGGACCUCGCGCAUGCCAACCUCAACGGCGAGUCGGCGUUGCACGUCGCCUGCGCCGGGGGCCACGCAGCCGUCGUGCACGAGCUGCUCGCGUACGCCAGCCAUUCGCUGCAUGGGCGCGACAAGCGCGGUCGCACGCCUUUUCUGACGGCGUGCGCGCGCGGGCACGUCUCGGUGCUCAAGACGCUCCUGCACACGGGGGCGAUUGAUGUACAUCACUGCGAUCACUCGGGCCAGUCGGGGCUGCUGCUGGCGAGUGCGAACGGCCACUUUGACGUUGUCCAGUGGUUUCUCGAGAUACCGACCGUGCUCGCGACCGUCUGCAAUCACAUGGGUUACGAAGCGUUUCACGCGGCUGUGGUUGCCGGCCAUGGCCCCGUCGCCGCGCUCCUCUUCCAGCUGCCGCUCGUCGCGAUUGAAGCGGCUGCACGCGCGCUCGACGGCUAAGUGUAGUGUCAACUAUUCUGUAAUUUUCUGCAUUUUGUGGCAAAGUGCCAG